GUGAAGCAGGUGUGCUUAUUUUAAAGUAAAAAAACAAUAACUUAGACACAGUAAAUUUUAGUUGAAAUUUCAUCAGUAGAUAUUAUUUUAGCCAAAUCUUUAAACUCUAAUUAAUUGUUAGACAUAUUCAUGUACACAGUUGUGGGCAAAAAAUUAAACCUAAUUAUAGAGCUAAGGAAAUCCGAAGGAGCAAAUUUAAAGUGAAAGAAGAAACGAUAGCUACUUGCAUAAAAAAGUCAACAAUGACAACAAGAAGCGGGAGGAAAAUAACAAGAUUCAAUGAAGAAGAGUCAACAUCAACGGAAUGUGACGAAAAAACCAUGCAAACAAGAACCCAACAGGUUAGAAUUACACGUGGAAAAGAUAAGACUUCCUUGAGAGAACAUGGUGCCUCUCCGUAUGCCAAGAUGACAACGUGUGGUAAAAAAGAAAAUAAAACAUCGGUGACACCCGAGAAGCACACGGACGAGACAGAAAGUGCAGCUGAUCUUUACAGCCCACAACAGCUAUUGAUUGUAACUGGACCCGGCCGAGGUACAGGUAAACACAAUACAAUAAUGAGCACCCACCCAAAGAUGGCCAGUCCACCCUCAGCACCUCCCCCACCACCCAGCAACACAAGAUACAUGGACGACAGCUGUGGCCAGUAUUUAGCUUAAACAAGUGUAAAAUAAGGGACACUUAUUAUAGAUUCAUUUAUGCAUACGUUGUCUAUCUUAUACAUAAAAUAUAUUUUCGAUUUAAAAAGUGUUGAAAAAAUGAAAAAAAGUAAAGAACGAAAAAAUAUUAAUGGUGCAUCUUUGUGUAGAAAUCAAUAAAAAGGAACGUUAAAAUCAA